AUGUGGAGCCAGAGGUUCAAGUACCUGCAGCGCAUCAUCUACAACACGAACCUUGAGGUCCAGGGCAUCCACAACGUGCGCUGGUUGUCGAGGGGAGACGCGGUGAAGCGACUAUGCAAGGUGCUCGGAGCCGCGAUUGUGCUCUUUCACGAGAAAGAGCACGACCUGUACGAGGUGGUGACGUCGUACAAUUUUUUGUUCUUCCUUUUCUUCCUCGCUGACAUACUCAGCGACAUGAACGACCUCAACUGUUCAUUCCAGAAGCGCCAGGUGGACGUCACCGAGGUGGUGAAGACCGCCGAUUCGGUCACCAACGACCUCGCGCACAUGUACCUCGACACCAAGGCCGUCUUCGGUGGAACUGGCAAUGGGAGGCUGCCGAAGUUCAUGACGCUGUAUGGGAAGCGGGCGGGCCAUAAGGUGCACGUGCGUUGCAUGGACAACUAA